GCUGGUCUGCAAUGGAGCUCGGAUCUGUUUGCCUGCUUCUUGUCGCCACACUGAGCAUCGAACCCAACAGACGUCAGUUCUUCCGUUAUGAGGCCUUCAACCUGAGCUGUUCAGUACCAGGAAACUUCGGCAACUGGACGGUGAUGAGAAAUGCCUCAAAUAAGUUAACUUCAUGUGAAUACUGGGGCCGCCCGAAUGGUUCCUCCUGCAUCAACCACAGUGUCUACAAAUCAGACACUGGGCUUUACUGGUGCCAGUCUGAGCAAGGAGAGUGCAGCAACGUCCUCAACAUCACAAUAAACACUGGUGUUGUGAUCUUGGAGAGUCCAGCACUUCCUGUGACGGUGGGAGACGACGUCACACUUCGCUGCUCCUUCAAAGAACGAUAUGAUCAAACAUCUUCAUCGCAUUUCUCUGCUACCUUCUACCAAAACGGUGUGUUUAUUGGAACGGAGCCUGAAGGAGAGAUGAUCCUACGAAACGUGUCGAUGUCCAGCAAAGGUUUCUACAAGUGCAAACAUCCAGCAGAGGAGAGUCACUGGACGCCUGGCUGGACGUCAAGCCUAACCACCAAAAGCGCCGAUCCGCCUCAUACGCCUCCUUUACUGAUGAUAUUGAUCACCACUGUGCUGUUCAUCAUCUACACCGUCAUCUUCAUUAUGUGUUUGAUCAUAUACAGAAACUGGGCUCGAGACCGAGCUGAGGCCAACGGAGACGUUCAGAGCUCUGCCCAGACCACUGACUGCUCAUGA